AUGGUUGCGUGGAAUCAUGCAUACGCAAGGGGCACGGUGCCCCUUGUGGUUCUCACCAUCCUUUUGUUUCCGUUGGCCAGGGGAGCUCUGGGCGCCAACUACAACGAGCAUCUGAUCUGGGUCAGGCACAAUGAGCUGCGGCGGGCAGGUGCCCAGUGGAUCCGGGGUUUCGUUGAGAUGCACUCUGUCAACGUGGAUGAUCCGCCUCGGGACCCCAACAUUAAGGCCAUCCUGGACGCGGCGGACGCUGGUUUCAGCACGAUCCUCAGCAUGAAAUGGAACUACAAAAAUACAGACUUCCCGGGCGCAGGGAGCCCCGAGCUGGCCGAAGAGCUGCUUCGCGUGGACACCAUUAUACGGGCCAUCUGGGGGAAGGUGGACAUUGUCGUCAUUGGAAAUGAGCCGUUUGUGGAGGCUCAAGAGGAUCAGCGCGGCAGACGACUCAGUGACUUCUACCAGACCAUGGCCGAGGCGGUCAUCGGCUUCCGCAACGCCCAGGGCGUCGACGCCAACCUCACGCGGCUGUAUAUGGGCGCCCUGAACCGCAUGGACUUGCCAGAUAGGCACACGCCUCCCGUCGAGCGUAUGCUGCGCUUCAUCGCGUCGCGCCCUGAGCUCGACGGCGUGGACCUACACUUGCACAUCCCCCACAUGGCCGGCCACAAGGCCAUGCUCGAGUACUGCCUGGCCCGCAUCAGGCCGGAACAGACCUUCCUCGCCACAGAGUUUUCCAUGAUCUGGCACUGGAAGGCCCACAUGCGCGAUGAGGUGUCCGAGUACUACCGCACAGCAUACCGCCUCGCGCCCGGGACGCAGGUCUACCAGGUCAUCGACGGCGCCAUCCGAGACCCCAUCCCCGCUACCCAGUGGGAAGAUUUCCUCGCCAAUGAAUCCUGGUACGCUGAACACCGAGGGUUCAUCCGCAGUGCCAUCGCCCUCUACCGCGCCACGGGCCGUCUUGAUGUCGCGACAUACUCGGCUUGUCCUAUGCGUAAGAGGAGGCAUGCCUUUUUGCCGACAGACACGCCUUGGAUGCUCAAUGGAAUCAUUGCUCCCUCCACGGUCCAGCCUGGUCCGGAUGGAACUGCUGCGGAGAACUUUCCUUGGGGCGAAGAGUUUCGUCUCAUCCAGGCUGUGCCAUGA